AUGGGUCAGAUAGCUGGAGCUGAAUGCUCCCCCGACGAUGACGAAGAAGAACCGCGCAUUCAUGUUAACCCCACUGAACAUUCACUGACGGAAAGUGAAACGUCGUGCGAAGAAGCGGCGCGACUAACAGCGGAAGGCGCAGAAGAUGACGAUGAAGCUUACGAAUUCGGAGAACUGCCGCCACCACCUGACGGUGGCUAUGGCUGGGUGGUAGUAUUUGCGUCUUUCAUGUGUAAUCUGGUGGUCGAUGGCAUCGCGUACACUUUUGGAAUAUUCCUUCCCGAGCUAGUUACGUUCUUCGGAGAAGGAAAGGGCACGGUUGCGUGGGUUGGAAGCUUACUCUCUGGAGUAUAUUUAGCUGCCGGGCCAGUGGUAUCAGCGUUAUGCAACAAAUAUGGAUGUCGAGCGGUGUGCGUCGCUGGUUCGUUGGUGGCUGCGACAGCUUUUGUGCUUUCCACCUUCAGCAAAAGCGUCACCAUGAUGAUGAUCACCUAUGGUCUCAUUGGAGGUAUGGGCUUCGGUAUGAUCUACCUUCCCUCCGUGGUAGCUGUAGGCUACUAUUUCGAGACCCGUCGCUCCUUAGCUACAGGUAUCGCAGUAUGCGGUUCGGGGGUUGGCACAUUUAGUUUUGCUCCCCUGGCCGCUGUUCUUCUGAAUGAAUUUGGUUCAUGGCAGAACGCGAAUCUACUUCUCGCUGGGUUGAUCUUGAAUUGUGCAGUAUUCGGAGCGUUAAUGAGACCACUCGUGUAUCCGAAAACUUCUGGUGACAAACCUUUGUUACAAAGAAUGGCAGAAGAAAAAAGAUUACAAAUGGAAAGAGGCUCAAUAGGAGGCUCAUACUUUGUGGUGCAUUUACCUGAUGGUACUAUGGAGAAAAGAUUAAAGGCACCCUUAAAUAUAGAUCCUGGUGUACACUCGUCACUAAACUUAGAAGCCUUGGCAAGAGUUCCAACUAUCCCCAAUAUGCCUGGAGUACCAACCGUGCCUACUCUUCCCACAAUUACUGAAGCAAGAGUCGUAGAAGACGUUGAAGAAAAAAAGAAGGUACCAAAAACAAGCGAGGCGCGCGCCGCCGCGGCGCUGGCCCGCAACGUGUCGUCGCCGGCCUUCAGCGCGCAGGCGCCGGGCCUGCCCAAGAACGGCUCCGUGCCCUUCUUCGACCGCCAGCGCAAGCACAGCUCCGCCGAUAGGUCAGCCGAUAAAUUUAAACCGUCCUUAGCAGCAAUUAAAGCUACGUCAAAAGCUUCAGUUAGCAGUCACCGUUAUGAUGGCGAUGCAGAAAGUGGGGUAUACAAUUCUAAGUUGUCUGUGGCGGCUGCGAGAGAACCUUCUAGAAUGGUCCGACCGCUUUCUAGAAAAGAUAUCUUUUAUUCGGGAUCAGUUAUAAAUUUGCCGCAGUACCAGAGCCAGAAAUCGUUGCAAGGUUACCGGAAUUCCGUUCUCAGUUUACCACAAAGUAGACAAGCUGGCGAAAUGGAGAGGCAGGAACAGUACGAGCUGUGCCCGUGCCUGUCGCUGCCCGGCUCGUUCAGGUCGGCGCUGGCGUCCAUGCUGGACGUGAGCCUGCUGCGCGACCCCGCCUUCAUGCUCAUCGGCGUGUCCAACGUGUUCGGCAUGGCCGGCCUCUACGUGCCCUUCGUCUACAUCGUCGACGCCGCGCACCUCAAUGGCGUGGAGCAGUCGCAGGCGUCGUUCCUGCUGUCCAUCAUCGGCAUCACGAACACCAUCGGCCGUAUCGCGUGCGGCUGGGUCGCCGACUUCCCCUGGAUGGACUCGCUGCUCCUCAACAACAUUUGCUUAGUUAUUGCUACCAUUUCAGUGGCCUUAACACCCUUCUGUGCUUCAUAUGCUUCAUACAUAGCAGUUGCCAUCGCUUUUGGAAUAGCAAUCUCGGGCUACAUCUCGCUGACGUCCAUCAUCCUGGUGGACCUGCUGGGGCUGGACAAGCUCACCAACGCGUUCGGGCUGCUCAUCCUGUUCCGCGGCGCGGCCGCCAUCGUGGGCUCGCCGCUGGCGGGCGCCGUGUACGACGCCACGCACAACUACGACGCCUCCUUCUACAUGGCCGCCGCCUUCUUCCUCGCCUCCACGCUCACCUCCUUCGCCGCGCCCUUCUUCCGCAAGAAAGAGGAGGAGGUGCCGCAGCCGCUCGACGUGCUGACGCCCAUCGACGAGGACCUGGAGGAGGGUGAAGAGGAGGACCCUGACGACACGCCCAUCACCAUGGGCGCGCACCUGGCCGGCCGCGCGCCCGCCAUCACGCGCACGGCCGCCUCGCCCGACGAGCCGCCGCCACCCGGCCCCGCCCCCGCCGCGCCGCAGCGGGAGAGUGUGCUGUGA